CACUGCAUUUAUUUAUUUAUUUUCUUGUAACCUCACUGUUUGUAAAGUUUAUAAAUUAAUUAAUAUCGAACUUUUGGAACUGAUUAGCCCAUAAUAUAAGUUAAAUAUAUAGAUUCUUUCUGCUUAAUUGUAAUACUAACUUAAACUUUUUUAACUGUAAACCGCUAUGGGUGUCACUGUCCUUCAACAAUAUCCAGUGCCAGAGAAUAAAACCGGCACGUACGUUAUAGAAUUGCUUACGAAACGGAUUUUAGCUCUUGGAGCAACGCAACAAGGGCAGUUUUUGGUUGACUGUGAGAGCUACUUGUCUCAUCCGCAGAUGGGCACAACAAAAACAGUGCACAUCCUUCACAAUUCUGAACAGCCGGCGUCAGUGUUCUCCAUACUGGAGAGUGGCACGAAGAACAUCCAUGUGAUAGCGGACGGACUCUUUGACCUGCUCAUGAUGAAGCUGUCUCAGCAUUACACGUCUAAGAAGCAGACCAAGAUUGAGAGUAAAGGACCGAGAUUCGAGCUAGGAGACUUCUGUGUUAAGCUCGGCUCGGUGACUAUGAAUCAGAAUUUCAAAGGAAUACUGGUUGAGGUAGAAUAUCGCCCCUGCGUGAUGGCUAACGCAGUUUGGGGACUCCUUCGAGAGUUCCUACAAGGCCUCUCGGGCUCCACGGUGUCGGUGCAGCCUCCGCAGCACCUCCUCAGCCGGAUGAACGAGAUCUACACCCCCAUAGACACCAUAUACCAGUACCUGGAGCAUUUUAGUGCUUAUAGAAAGGUUACUGGCAUGAGAGCGUAGUUAAGUGAUCCAGGUUGGAUACAAGAGUGGUCCUAUUUAAAUAGGUUGAACAAUACCCGGAGUAAAAGUUGAACCGAAAUGGACGCUGUGGUAAUAUUAAUUUUAUUGGGAAUUUUUGUAAACGCCAUAGGACCUAGAGAAACUCCCUGAGGAGGCCCCUUUUUAAUUGCUCAAAAUCCAUGUUAAAUUACUCAAUGACGUUAUUAUUAUAUAGAAUACUCUUCUGUGCGAUGGUUGCAUAUCGUGGGACCUUCUAAUUUACUAAAUGAUUAUAUUCAGUUAGUACAAUUUUAUAUGAAAGCGUCAUUGGGCCGAAAGAAACUCCCUGAGGAGGCCCUCUUCGCUGCCGGUUCCUACAAGGUCUCUCGGGCUUCACCGUGUCAGUUCAGCCUUCACAGCACCUCCUCAUAGGUAGUAUAAAACCCGGAGUAUUAGUUGAACCAAAAUGGCGUCGAUUUACGGUGUUGUUAUCCAAACAUAUAAUUUAUUUGCACAAUUGUGGCAUCAACUAUAAUAAGUGUCACUGGUAAAUAAUAUUGCAGUACUGUACUCUGUAUAAAUUGAAAUCCCUACAAAAAUUAUAGUUUCUGAAAAUAAAUAAAUAAAAUCUUUGUUA